UUCAAAAUGGCGGCAGAAAGGUGUCUUUGGGAAAGUGACUUACAAUGGCAUUUAAGAUCACACUUUAUUGAAACAUGGAGGGAUCAUUCUCCAGAGGAUAAGCUAGAAGCUUUAUCUAUGGUUUGGGCGAACAUAAAGUUCCUUGGCUGCAGGUAUCCGGCAAAAACUGAAGAAAUAGUGGGCGAACUCGAAUCGAAGGGAGGCCUUUCUGUUCCAGACAACGCAUUGAGAAAGGCAAAACCAUUGAUGGAAAACUUCACAAUCUACGAACGUGAGGAAGGAGAAGAAGCCGUUGAAAGCAAUCCCGUAAGUGUCUUGAACGAUAGCGCCCAAAAAUCAAAGAAAACUAUAUCAUUUGACGAACUUGGUGUUAACAGCAAAACAGGUUUAUUUUCGUGUUCUGUGACGAUAGCGAACCAACUAGUUGCCGUUGGGGAAGGGGUAGGGAAAAAACAGGCGAAACGCACAGCCGCCGAGAACGCUUUGUCGAUACUCCGACCUCGCCAACCUGUUAUUCGUUUAGGGUCACGAUCUCAACAACAUGAAUCUGCUCCGUGUGUGUCGAAAACCGAACUAGUCUCAAAAGCUUUUGAAAAGGCAGCGAGCAUUUCCGAAGAUAACAUUGGUAAUAAAAUGCUUCGGAAAAUGGGAUGGACAGGGAGUGGGGGGAUUGGUAAGGAGGGCCAAGGUCGAGCAGAACCAGUCAUUGCUCUUGGUACCGAUGGUAAGUUUGGUCUGGGUUGCAAUCCAACACAGGGAUCCCAAGUAAAAAAACAGACGGUUAGAGAUGUACUCAUGUCAUUUAUCAGUGGAGCAGAUAGAGAAAUUAAAUUUUCUUGUGAACUCUCAAAAGAAGACCGAGCUGUUAUACAUAAAAUUUCACAACAAUAUGGGCUAAAACACAGGUCAUACGGGAAAGGUGAUGACAGAUAUUUGGUGGUUGGAAAGGAUUGAAGCGGAAGGCUGGUGUGUAUUGUUAUACUUUACUGGUUUAUGUCAAAUUAAUUUGAUGGCCUGCUCCCAGUUGGCUUGUUAGCUCAAUUGGCAGAGCGCUGCACUAGUA